CUCUCCUUUUUUUUCGUGUUAUCGCUCAGUUUUGAGUGAAGGUUUACAUUUUUAAAAAAUUUGCUUUCCAGCCCGCCUUGAUCUUCUAGCGCGAGUUCAUCGUCUCAAAAAAAAAAAAUCUCUGGCUGGCGUUUUUUUUUCCUUUUUUUUUUUUUUUUUUUUUUUUUUUUUUCAAUAUUUUCAAGGGGGAGGAGAUUUUCCACAAGAAAAGGUUGUUUUCAUGUUUGGGAUUCAGGAAAGCAUCCAACGGAGUGGAAGCAGCAUGAAGGAAGAGCCGCUGGGCAGCGGCAUGAACGCGGUGCGGACGUGGAUGCAGGGCGCCGGGGUGCUGGACGCCAACACGGCGGCGCAGAGCGGGGUGGGUCUGGCCCGGGCUCACUUUGAGAAGCAGCCGCCUUCCAAUCUGCGGAAAUCCAACUUCUUCCACUUCGUCCUGGCCCUCUACGACAGACAGGGCCAGCCCGUGGAGAUCGAGAGGACAGCCUUUGUUGGGUUCGUGGAGAAGGAAAAAGAAGCCAACAGCGAAAAGACCAAUAACGGGAUUCACUACCGGCUCCAGCUCCUCUACAGCAAUGGGAUAAGGACGGAGCAGGAUUUCUACGUGCGCCUCAUUGACUCCAUGACAAAACAAGCCAUAGUGUAUGAAGGCCAAGACAAGAACCCAGAAAUGUGCCGAGUCUUGCUCACACACGAAAUCAUGUGCAGCCGCUGUUGUGACAAGAAAAGCUGUGGCAACCGAAAUGAGACUCCCUCAGAUCCAGUGAUAAUUGACAGGUUCUUCUUGAAAUUUUUCCUCAAAUGUAACCAAAAUUGCCUAAAGAAUGCAGGAAAUCCACGUGACAUGCGGAGAUUCCAGGUCGUGGUGUCUACGACAGUCAAUGUGGAUGGCCAUGUCCUGGCAGUCUCUGAUAACAUGUUUGUCCAUAAUAACUCUAAGCAUGGGCGGAGGGCUCGGAGGCUUGACCCCUCGGAAGGUACGCCCUCUUAUCUGGAACAUGCAGCUACUCCCUGUAUCAAAGCCAUCAGCCCGAGUGAAGGAUGGACGACGGGAGGCGCGACUGUGAUCAUCAUAGGGGACAAUUUCUUUGAUGGGUUACAGGUCAUAUUCGGUACCAUGCUGGUCUGGAGUGAGCUGAUUACUCCUCAUGCCAUCCGUGUGCAGACCCCUCCUCGGCACAUCCCUGGUGUUGUAGAAGUCACAUUGUCCUACAAAUCGAAACAGUUCUGCAAAGGAACACCAGGAAGAUUCAUUUACACAGCGCUCAAUGAACCCACCAUCGAUUAUGGUUUCCAGAGGUUACAGAAGGUCAUUCCUCGGCACCCUGGCGACCCCGAGCGUUUGCCAAAGGAAGUAAUACUCAAAAGGGCUGCAGACCUGGUGGAAGCGCUGUAUGGGAUGCCACACAACAACCAGGAAAUUAUUCUGAAGAGGGCCGCUGACAUCGCAGAGGCUCUGUACAGUGUCCCCCGCAACCACAGCCAGCUCCCGGCCCUCACCAACACCUCGGUCCACGCGGGAAUGAUGGGCGUGAAUUCCUUCAGUGGACAACUGGCUGUGAAUGUCUCGGAGGCGUCACAGGCCACCAAUCAGGGUUUCACCCGCAACUCAAGCAGCGUGUCACCACACGGGUACGUGCCGAGCACCACCCCCCAGCAGACCAACUAUAACUCCGUCACCACGAGCAUGAACGGGUACGGCACUGCCGCCAUGUCCAACCUGGGCGGCUCUCCGACCUUCCUCAACGGCUCAGCUGCCAACUCGCCCUACGCCAUCGUGCCAUCCAGCCCCACCAUGGCCUCCUCCACAAGCCUCCCCUCCAACUGCAGCAGCUCCUCGGGCAUCUUCUCCUUCUCACCAGCCAACAUGGUCUCAGCCGUGAAACAGAAGAGUGCUUUUGCACCAGUUGUCAGACCCCAGACCUCCCCGCCUCCCACCUGCACCAGCACCAACGGGAACAGCCUGCAAGUGUUGUGUCUUUGUGGAAAUCUUCAUGGGCCCCACUUGGGCGAGUCAGUGUGCCAACGGCUUUUCUGGAACAUUCCAAGCCUCAAACACCCAUCCCUCUCACCCACCGAUAUCUGGCAUGAUCGUUCCUCCCAUGUGAAAGAAUUGCCUUGAAGAAUUUUAUUAAUGAAGAGGUUGGAUUCUGCUACAGAGAGUAAUCUGAUACAAGUCCCCGAGUGGAACUUUUAACUCAGGCCUUUUUAAGAGGAAUCACAAUAACUGCAGAUUUUUAAACAAACAAUAUCACCGACCUUGCAAAUACUGAAAUUGGAAGGGUUCUGCAAGUGCAGUGUUGGUUAAAAGUUGUACCUCCCAAGUAUUUGGGGGAUAUAUUUAUUCUGUGUUGAUAAAAGCAAAUCCACUUUUUCAUUUUCUUUCUUUUUUUUUUUAAGCUUAACUCUGCAAUCAUUUGUCUUUUAUAAACCGUAAAGCUGUAUACAAGGGACACUAUAAAUAAGACUCCAUGUUUUAAUUUAUGAUGUUUUUAAAGCUGUGUAAAGGGAGAAUGAAGUGGUGAUAUUUACAAAAAAGUAAAAAAAAAAAAAAGAAAAGAAGAAAAAAAAAAAAAAAAGCUUGUAUGGGACAGAAUAGGAAUGCCAGUUAGAUUUUUUAGAAAACUAAGGGUCGGCUUUUGCGCCUUAAAGCAUAUCAAAUGGUAGUUAGCUCAGACAGUGCAUUUUCAAUAUCUAACUUAACAUGCCAUCCCUUAGCAGUGCAAGCUUAUUUAUCUCUUUUGUAUUGUUGUCUUAAGUAACUGUGUAAAUAAAUGCAGCCUGGAAAGUUAAAAAGUGAUGUAAGUGAUCACAUUUUUCCCUUCUACUCAAAAAUCCAGUGCCUCUAGACAGAUUGUUAAAACUGCAUAUUUAAACCUGAUAUAAUUCUCUCUUUUACUUAUGUCAACUUCUUCGGAAGCCAAUGGCCUCUGGAGAGCUUGAUGGCACACAUACUGUGUGAGAAUCCCCUAUGAGACUGCACGGAACAGGGUCCAGGCACAGAAUUAGAAUUCCACAUUUUGCCCUCCAGUCAUCAAGCCAAAAUCCCACUCACACGCCGCCAUUUGCAAGUUUAAAGUUGACUCAUCCUAAAUGCUGACUUCAUACCAAUCCUCCAAAAGCUGACAAAAAGCAACAUGGCAGGUAUUUCGGAUUUCCCAUUUGAGAUGACACCUGUAUCGGUGACCCUCACCAUUUGUAACAUAAUAGAUUAGAGGGACAGGUUAAGUGCUUUGGAAUUCAGAGUAAAAGGAAACUGGGAGAAAGGAGAAGAAGGUUGAGAGCUCCAAAACAUAGUUCUCUGUUCUAUGGAAUUUUUGCUCUCAUUAUCUGGGAAGUGUUCUUAAAAGUAAGAAUAAAUAGCAAAGACGCAGCAAAGCUCUGAGGAUGCGUUUGCCUGAUAUUUUUUUCUUUGCUGUUGUGUUUUGUAUGUAGUUAUAAAUACUGUAGAUUUUUUGUGAUUUUUGCCAAAGUCGUCGUUCUAUUUAUACAUUUUAAUGUCUUAAGACAGUUUUUCAAUAUCACAAAAAGAUUUUACUGCAUAUUUUGCAAAGAAAAAAAAAGCUCACUACCUUUAGCUUGCACAUACUUGCAAAGUUAAUUAAAAGGCUUUUUGUUUUCAAGGGGAUUUUGUAAAAUAUCCAUAUAAAUAAUGUAUUUAUCUUUGGAAUUUGUACAUUGCUUUCCCCUUCUUCCUUUUCCUCCCACUCCCGGGUUAUUUUAUUGUGUACGUUUGCUAUGUGAAAAGUGUGUAUUUGUUUGGUCACCUACAGUUGUAUUAGCUGUUUCAAUGUGAUUUUUAAACAUUUCAUUUAUAGUUGUUUUUAGUUUUGUUUUAAACCAUGCUUCAAUUUUUUUUUAUUUCCACCCAAAAGCCAUUGUCUAUUUUUGUAUUAUUUGUAAGUUAAGAAGUUUUUUCCAAUAUAUGGCAAAAAAAAAAAUAGUAGCAUAUUAUUCUUGUAGCAUUUAGUUCUGUAGAUUAAAAAAAUGUAUCCUUUGCUUUGGAAGCUUACAAAAAAAAAAAAAAACCCUAAUGCUGUUUUACUCUAUUAAUAUGCAUGGAAUCUCUCCCUUUGGAGUGACGCAUUUUGUGCAUUGAAUUUCGGGGGAGAAACUUCAUAGAAAUCAAUGAACAUACUUUCUUUCCUAAGUCUGCUUGUAUAUUUCCUCUGUCUUUCACAUAAAUAUAAACCAGCAGAUUGGAUGCCUUAACAAUGCAAAUCAUAUUCAUUUCACUUGUACAUUGUAACUGUGCACCAGAACUGUCAGUCAUCACUAACAUUCUAAGAAAAAAGAAAAAGAAAAAAGAAAAAAAAAACAA